UCUGCCGGAGGAGGAAGAGGAAUGAAGAUGGAAGGGAACAGGGACGAAGCAGAAAAAUGUAUAAAUAUAGCGACGAAGGCCCUCGAAGCUGGAGACAAAGAGAAAGCGCUGAAGUUUCUCAACAAGGCAGAGAAACUGUACCCAACGGGCAGAGCCAAAGAUUUGUUAGACGCGUUAACGAAGAAUGGGAGCUCAGCAGGUAAUGGUGCGUAUCGUCGGAGACCAGCGGAAAGCUCAGAAACCGCCGGUGCUCGACCAGAAAGCGAAGGCCAAGAGUCUGGAGGAGGCGAGUCUUCUAAAGGCUUCACCAAAGAGCAGGUGGAAGGUGUGCAGAGAAUAAAGCGGUGUAAGGACUACUAUGAAGUGCUGGGAGUCAGUAAAGACGUCGGAGAGGACGAGCUAAAGAAAGCCUACAGGAAACUAGCGCUCAAGUUCCACCCAGACAAGAAUCAUGCACCUGGAGCUACAGAGGCCUUUAAAAAGAUCGGAAACUCGUACGCAGUGCUGAGCAACCCGGACAAAAGACGGCAGUACGACCUGACGGGAGGGGAGGAGCCGAGCAGCCCGGGUCACUCGCACGGAGGAGGCUUUGAUUUCCACAGGGGCUUUGAGGCUGACAUCACCCCUGAGGACCUCUUCAACAUGUUCUUUGGAGGUGGCUUCCCCUCCUCAAGCGCGCACACCUUCAACAACAGCAGAACAAGCUACAGCCAUCAGACGGACUACCGACAAGAGAGAACGGAGGAGAGGGGAGACGGGGGUUUCUCAAUGUUUAUCCAGCUGAUGCCCAUCGUGGUCCUGAUUUUAGUGUCGAUACUGAGCCAGAUGAUGGUGUCCCCUCCACCCUACAGCCUCUACUCUAGACCGUCCACAGGUCAGACCGUAAAACGGCAAACAGAAAACCUGCAUGUAGACUACUACGUCACCAGAGAUUUCAAGUCGGAGUUUAAGGGCUCGGCGCUGCAGCAGAUUGAGAAAAAUGUGGAGGAGGACUAUGUAUCUAAUGUCCGGAAUAACUGCUGGAAGGAGAGACAGACAAAAACAGACCUGCUGUAUGCUGCUAAGGUGUACAGAGACGACCGCAUGCGCAAGAAGGCAGAACUGAUGACCAUGGAUAACUGCAGGGAGCUGGACAGACUAAAUAACCUAUUCAGAGGCGGAUGAGUCGGACGCUUGUAGAUCAUGUAAAUGUAUAUGAAUAGAUGUGUAUGUUCAUGUUUUUUUUAAGAAAAGAGUCUUUACACUAGGAGCAAACAACUUAAUGAAAAUAAUUUAGCUCUAUCGUUGAAGUUUUAAAAUGCCCCUCCCCUCGUGUCCCUCCACGCCAAACUCCUGUCCUUCCUCACUCCAGCCUGACCCCGGGACCGCCUUGUUGCGUCUUAAUGAACCAGUCUACACACACUGUAGAAAGACCCAGACUUUUUCUUUUUUUUACUCUGCUUUUCUUGUGUUUUCCUGAAAACAAGAAGGACAAGGACACUUGAUUGUAAAGGCACGUGCUUCGAGUAGUGAGAACCCAAGAGGCAUUCUGCACAAACAAAUCACGGUCUAAAGAUCAACAAACGGCUUUCGGCAUCAUCUGCUUGACGUAACUAUACGAUGGGAGACUUUGUAGGUUCAUCUGGAGGUUCAUCGAGAAAAAAAGAUGGAAAUAAAAUAAAACAUAAUGCUUCUUUUAGCUUCUGGCUCACCUGCGAGUGUGGGUGAAGAUCAGCGGAUUCUGAAGAGACACCUGUGAUUUUGCUACUAGAGAACAUUUUAUGUUGUCCACUUCAAAAUGUGAAGUUGGUUGGGACUAACCGCGGAAGGACAUUGAAACUGUUAUUCAUAAAUGGUUGUACAUUUUCAUUUUUGAAUGUUUGAAGUUUAUGCAGUUAUUUAAGUAACUAUAGAAGAAACACAGUUUUUCUUCAAUGCUCGCCUAAUCAUUUAAAUAAAGUAAAAUUAUUACCAUA